CCAAUACGUUUACCACGCCGUUACGUCCAACAACAAGGAACUAGGGAACACGAUUCACACAGUUGAAAUACAUUCGAGAUAUAAAAUCAUCCUAACCAAGAGGGAAUAGGAUGAAUAAAAAAUAAUUCCACGAUAAAAAUCACCUCUAAUUCACCAACUCAGGUCUAUUAUAGGUACGUCGAACAAAGAUGACAUUUGAAAACUUGUUUGAGUCCGCAGUAAAUGACGGUACUGCACCUGGAAUCGUUGUGAUAGCCAAAGAUAAGGAUGGCAAAGUUGAUAUUUUGAAGGCGUUCUCACCUGAGAACGGGACAUAUACGCUAGAUACGGUUAUGGAAUUGUCUUCCAUGUCAAAGUUCCCUACCUCGAUAGCAGCCCUGCAGCUUGUUGAGCGAGGCUUCGUCACGCUCGACGAGGAUUUGUCCGAUCUGUUACCGUCCUUCGGAAGCCAAGGUAUCCUUAUCUCGGUAGCCGAUGAUGGGACUCCGACCGUACGCAAACGGCAGAACCCCAUCACCUUACGCCACUUGAUCACGCACAGCUCCGGCGCCGGUUACAACUUUCUCCACGAGGGCCUUGGAAAAAUUCGAGCCUCGCAGAAGGAGAAAUCAUCUCCUAACGUUACAGUUGACGAGUCCUUCAAUCUCCCGCUCUUGUUUGAGCCUGGAGAAGGUUGGGCGUACGGCACAGGCCUCGAUCGAGUCGGCCAGCUCGUGGAGAAGCUAAGCGGUAUGUCAUUAGAAGAAUAUAUGAAAAAGAAUAUAUGGGAGCCUCUCGGAGCCGAUAGCUCCACCUUCUUCCCCGAUAAACAUCCUAGUAUUAGGGCUCGUCGAGUGCCCAUGGCUUAUCGCAAGGAUCCCUCGGGGCCGGCAGUUGAGAAGUCCGAAAUUCCAACAGUGACUACGGGUUUGAAAGUGCCUUUCGGCGGGCACGGACUAUUUUCAAGUAUGCCGGACUGCUUCAAGAUGAUGUACUCGCUGCUUACGGAUGACGAGAAACUGUUGAAGAAGGAGACCGCUGCGCUAAUCUUUCAGCCUCAGCUGACGCCUGCGAGUAAGGAAGAGCUGCGCAAGUUCAUGGAAACACCUGCUAUGAAAAGCCAGUUCCCCUCUCCACCUAACGAUCGCGACUUUGGACUUGGUGGACUCCUCGUCCUGGGAGAAAAUCAUCCAUAUUGGCGAAAAGGGGCACUGAUGUGGGGUGGUGCCGCGAGUCUCAACUGGUUUAUCGACCGCGCUGCCGGAAUAUGUGGCGUGAUCGGCGCUCAGGUCCUACCGUCCGACCCAAGGAUGAGAAAACUUAUAGAUACUUUCCAGGCCGAGGUUUAUCGGAGGGCGGGCAAACUAUCGUGAAGGCCUAUUGAGUGAUGAAUCCGUUACUGGAGUUGCUUUCUUUUGACACCAGUCCUUGAAGCCAAUGUAUUGAGUACAUCAAAGUAGGGGUGAUUCAACUUAAAGGCAAGGAUUUUAAUAGCUGAAAUCAGAUCCCUAGAGCCUUUGAAGUCAAGUAAGAAUACCUAUCGAGUUGUUGACUGUAAGGGUCCAGUUGAACAAAUUAUAUUAUAAGGUGCCAAAUCUAUCUCAAAUCAAUCAAUUGAAG